AAAUGGAGAUUCGAGACAAUCGUCAGACGGCAGUGUCGUAAGAAUCCCAUAGUUACUUUAGGAUUGGAUUUCUUUCUUCCAAAAUCGAACGCCCACCUUCAAAUUCCUCGAUUCUUCAUACUUCGGAAUCACCAUGACCCAAUUCGCCAUGGUGGAGGAGUUGGCCUUUCUUGUUAAGGACAACCUCCCUAGCAAGCAUCUUAUUCUAUCCAUGGAAGAAACCUUUGUCAACUUUCUUCAGGAUGAAACCAGCAGUUUAGAUGGAAUCUUGGAGUUGGAACCAAUGGAUUCAUACAACCGUCUUCUAUUACAUCGCCUUGCUGAUAUUUUUGGAUUUGCCCAUGUAUCAGUUGGUGAAGGUGUUGAUAGACACUUGGUUCUGGAGCGGUGCCCAGAGUCAUCAAUACCGUCCAUUCUUGUGAGUGAUAUUCUGUGGGAGUUUGAUGAGCCUCAAAUGUCAACAAUACCACACCAACUAUUGAAGAGAAAGGAAAACUCUCCUGUGAGUGUGACAAAAGCACCUUGUCAACCUUCACUUGAAGAGAGACAAACAGCCUAUCUGGCUGUUCGCAAGCGAAUUUUCAUGAUGCACACAGGAGAAGAUAGCGAACCUGUGAAGCCAAAGCCACGCUGUGAUCCAGUGGUUGCACGCCGCAUGAUUGCACAUGCACUGGGCCAGAGAAUAAAUUCGUUUUCUGAGGAUACAACUUACCAUUGCAAAGAGCAAGGAGGUGCAGUUGAUAAUAAUGCACACAUCCAAUCAAAUGAUUCAAAGGAGCCUGAGUCUACUGUGAAAGCUGUUAAGAAAACCAUUUCACGGUCAGAUCAACGUGUGAACUUAAAGAACAGAGGGGAUAAGAAUUGUAAUCCGAUUGUGUCGUCGGCAAGGGAAAGAAAUGCUGACAAGAUUUCUCCGAAGGCAAGUUGUAUCGACAAUGACUACUUGAAGAGGGAGCAUUUAGGAGCUGCAAAGAGGAUGUUUUCUCAGGCUUUGGGCAAGCACUGUCGAAAGAACGAAUCAUUUCAAACUCAUUGAGUGGAAGCAGAUUAAUAUGGAAUAAGGAUUGGGAAGUACUAUUGCAGUAGCUCUUGUUUUCUGGCAUGGCCUAUUGUCCUAACCACAGUUCUUUGAGUUGCCAGGAUUACUCAUGCCAACAAAAGAUCGAUAGGAAUGUGUUUGUGAUGAUAAAUUUGUCUGUCGUGCAUCGCCAAAGUUGAUGUAUGAAAACUAUGGUUGUCGUUGGCGCAGGGCAGAUAUGAGGCUUAUGGCUGCUAGUCUAUGUUGCCAAGAGAUACACAGUUGGUUAAUAUGAGAAUUUAACGUUAUGCUCUCUAGCUUGUGUCUUCCUAGAACUCCUUGGUAUUCGACACGUCGAUAAAGCUGCGUUGUAGGAGAAGAUUGACUUGCGCGGUUCGAGCUAAGUCUCUAGAAAAGAUUCUAGUACAAUAAGUUGGGAUUGGUUCCGUUCACUUCUGAGCUGCACACAACUGAGUUGUUUGUAGGUUGAAGUAAAGGUUUCUAACUUAAAUCUGUGUUGUUUUUGUAUCCUUUAUCUAUUAUCAGUUGAAGCAUAAAAUAGAGCAUGCCGUGGGUCGUUGUUUACUUGACUGAUAUUAUCGAGCAAUUCACUAUGUUUUAUAUGAUGGUCUA